CCGCAACACAAAUGGUGGAAGGCGAGCGUAAGUGAUUGAUACGCUAUAGCCCCCGCUAUAUCCUGCCAAGCCUUCCCUUGCUAACCGUCAUUGAACAGGUCUUCCGGCUCUUCCCCUUUCUGAUCCUCUACAUGCUGGGGUUCGGGGGCACGGCGGUCCCCAAGAUCAACCUGAUGGUGACGCUGGUGUGCAAGGACUACAUGGCGAAGAAAGCCAGCCAGAACCCCGGGUUCACGUACCUGCCGGUGAUCAUCGGGAGCGACAACGCGCAGUGCCAGAUCCCGGAGGUGCAGUCGCAGGUGGCGCGGUUCCAGCUGUACUACAACCUGGUGGCGGGGAUCCUGUCGGCGCUGGUGUGCCCGCGGCUGGGCCACCUGUCGGACCGGCACGGGCGGACGCGGGUGAUCGCGCUGAGCACGCUGGCGACGGUGGUUGGGGAGGCGAUCACGCUGUUCGUGGCGGCGCAGCCGGACCUGGUCUCGGUGAACGUGCUGCUGGGCGCGGCGUUCGUGGACGGGCUGGGCGGCUCGUUCACGACCAUCAUGGCGCUGACGGCCUCGUACGCGUCGGACUGCACGCUGCCCGCCCACCGCAGCGUCGCCUUCAGCUACCUGUACGGGGCGCUGUUCUCGGGGCUGGCGGCGGGCCCGCUGCUGGCCGCCGUCCUGAUCAAACGCACCGGCCAGGUCCUGGACGUCUUCACGGCCUCGCUCGUCCUCCACAUCCUCUUCCUGGUGACCAUCCUGCUCCUGGUCCCGGAAUCCCUCUCCCCCGGCCGCCAGGCCGCCUUCCGGGACCGCCACCGCAAGCACUUGCACGACCAACCCCCGAAACCCAUCUGGGACACUCUGAACCCAAAACACCUCCUCACCCCGCUCGCCGUGCUCCUCCCGCCCGUCGGGCGACCGAGCCCCCUCUUCCCCAACGCGGGGGGCGCCACCCCGGCCCUCCGCCGGAACAUCAUCCUCCUCACGACCCUAGACACCCUCGCCUUCGGCGUGGCCCUCGGCUCGGCGCAGGUCAUCAUCAUGUACGCCGAGUACAAGUUCGGAUGGGGCAACGUGGAGUCCAGCCUCUUCAUCUCCAGCAUCAGCAUCAUCCGCGUCCUAAACCUCUUCGUAAUCUACCCCAUCAUCACCGCCAUCUUCCAACCUCCCCAAAACCCCCACAACCCCGCCGCACAAAAGAAAAUCCCCGGCUCCUCCCCCUACGAGAUCAGCCUCAUCCGCAUCUCCAUCCUCCUCGACACGCUGGGCAAUAUCGGCUACGCCCUCGCCUUCAACGGCGCCCUCAUGACCUUCUCGGGCGUGGUCCUGGCGCUGGGCGGCAUGGGCGUCCCCACGCUGCAGUCCUCGCUGACCAAGCACGUGCCCCGCGAGGGGCUGGGCCAGAUCCUCGGCGCGAAGGGGCUGCUGCACGCGCUCGCGCGCAUCUUUGCCCCGACCGUGUGUUCGCUCAUCUACAGCGUCACCGUCGGCCGGUUCACCCCGGCCAUCUUUGUGGUGCUGGCGGCGGUGUUUGGGGCCGCGUCGGCGGCGAGCUGGUGGAUUCGGCCUUUCGGUUAG